AUGGCAGAGAAGGGCAGGAGGCGCGUUUGUUACGUCCCACCCUGCUGGGCGUUGCCCCUGUUGGUCUUCCUCUAUUGGGGUUACUACUCUUUUGUUAAAGGCUCGGUUUGGGAAGGCGUCUCAGAUGAAGAGGCCAAAAAUGUGAAACACUUAACCCACGAAGUAGAGUUACAAAUAUACAGUCAACACACACCAAACUGUAUAGCUCUGUUUUGCAACAAGGAGGAAGUGGCAUGCAAAGAUGUGUACAAAGAAUUUGUGAAGGCAGCAAAUGAGAUAGCCAGUGAUGAAAUCGCAUUUGUGUAUGUGGACACCGUCCCACUGAAAAAAACGGCAGACAAUUUCGAUAUUCAAAAAGUGCCAAAAAUUCUGACCUUUAAAGAUUUUGAUCCAGAAAAAGGAUAUACCUUUGGGCAAAAAUAUACAAAAGAAAAUAUUGUGGAAUGGUUUAAAUUGCUUCCCAUGCCAUCUAUAGAGGUGAUGGAGAAGGAUCAUGUUGAAAAAUAUGUUGAGAUGCAAAAGAAGAAAGGUUAUGCUAGUAUUAUUGCUUUUUGUGUAAAAAAUUCUGACCAUGUUCAUAAGUUUUUUCAUUUUGGGGAAACACACUCAUUGCCUAAUUUAGCUGUGGGAAUGGUGUAUAUCGAUCAGGAGACUGAUGCAAAAAUUGAAAUAAGUAACGGACCAGGGGCUACCAUUCCAGAGGGCAACACAAAAUAUAAUGAUGUGUACAAACCGGACAACAACGUUUGGGUGUCCAAUGACAUCCUUACCUUUGCUAGUGAGUACAUGGCGCAGUUCCCUGUGAUUAUCAAUUAUAAGAGGAGCUUGUACAAGGCACAGAAGGGCGAAAUUUAUGUCUACCUGUACAGCCACUUUGGGUUCUACUCGGACGCGCUGUACGUGGAGCUGGCCCCCGUCAUACGGGCGCACCACCCUCAGAGCGAGGAGGUGGCCGAGUUGCUGGGCACCGAGAAGAGCGGCAAUUUGAUCCUCUUCGUGGACUACCGAGACGCGACGCUGGACGUCCUCUUCGGAUUACUCAGGCCCAAGAAAUAUAUAAAGCAGUUGGACAGCGAAAAAAUAAACGCGGAAAAUCUUUCCCAAGCUAUCACCCAAUUUUAUAACAACGAACUUGCUCAAAUAAAAAAAUCACAAAAAGAAGUAAAAAGAAGAGAGCAACAAAACUACCAAAUUGUAUGUGCUAAUAAUUUCGACACACUUGUGUUGGAUCCAGAAAAAAUCGUUUUAAUUUUUUAUCAUGUAGAGGGAUGCAAAGAAUGCAAGCCUCUUUUUUCUUUCUGGUCCCGUGUCUCCAACUUUUUUCACUUGGAGAAUAAAUAUAAAAAUGUCUUGGUGGCCACCAUGGAUGCAAAGUUGAACGACAUGACUGAUGAGUCGGUUGACUUUUACCCCAGCGUGGCCAUUUACCCAACAGGCUUAGACAAACUGAAAAGGAAAAAAUUUCUGCUCUUUCCCCUCAAGUUGGAUACUCUGAUCGACAUGGUGGACGAGAUGUUGGAAGUGGAGGAGGACCUGUGA